CACCAACGCGGUCAAUGACAUCAUCAACGGCGCCGACGCAGUCAAUGAUAUCAUCAACGGCGCCAACGCGGUCAAUGACAUCAUCAACGGUGCCGACACGGUCAAUGAUAUCAUCAACAGCACCAACGCGGUCAAUGACAUCAUCAACGGCGCCGACGCAGUCAAUGAUAUCAUCAACGGCGCCAACGCGGUCAAUGACAUCAUCAACGGUGCCGACACGGUCAAUGAUAUCAUCAACAGCACCAACGCGGUCAAUGACAUCAUCAACGGCGCCGACGCAGUCAAUGAUAUCAUCAACGGCGCCAACGCGGUCAAUGACAUCAUCAACGGUGCCGACACGGUCAAUGAUAUCAUCAACAGCACCAACGCGGUCAAUGACAUCAUCAACGGCGCCGACGCAGUCAAUGAUAUCAUCAACGGCGCCAACGCGGUCAAUGACAUCAUCAACGGUGCCGACACGGUCAAUGAUAUCAUCAACAGCACCAACGCGGUCAAUGACAUCAUCAACGGCGCCGACGCAGUCAAUGAUAUCAUCAACGGCGCCAACGCGGUCAAUGACAUCAUCAACGGUGCCGACACGUCAAUGAUAUCAUCAACGGCGCCAACGCGGUCAAUGACAUCAUCAACGGUGCCGACACGGUCAAUGAUAUCAUCAACAGCACCAACGCGCACCAACGCGGUCAAUGACAUCAUCAACGGCGCCGACGCAGUCAAUGAUAUCAUCAACGGCGCCAACGCGGUCAAUGACAUCAUCAACGGUGCCGACACGUCAAUGAUAUCAUCAACGGCGCCAACGCGGUCAAUGACAUCAUCAACGGUGCCGACACGGUCAAUGAUAUCAUCAACAGCACCAACGCGCACCAACGCGGUCAAUGACAUCAUCAACGGCGCCGACGCAGUCAAUGAUAUCAUCAACGGCGCCAACGCGGUCAAUGACAUCAUCAACGGUGCCGACACGGUCAAUGAUAUCAUCAACAGCACCAACGCGGUCAAUGACAUCAUCAACGGCGCCGACGCAGUCAAUGAUAUCAUCAACGGCGCCAACGCACGUCGUCAAUGGCAGCGACGCGGCCGAUGGUAUCAUCAAAAGCACUGA